AUGGAUCUACCUAGAAAUCUCCUCUGCAUUCUCUUCUUCCUCCUCGUAUGUACAUCCCACGCUGCCCACAGCGAACAAGCUGCUGCCGCUCUUCUCCAUUGGAAGUCCACUUUGGAUAGUAGAAGCACCAGCAACUUGUCUUCUUGGUCACCAGCCAACUCUACCUGCGUAUGGUUCGGCAUCCUGUGCAGCAAUGCCAGUGCUACCACCAGCCACAUCAUCGGACUUCGUCUUCCUGAAGCCGGCAUCAAGGGCCGGCUUGAAACCUUAAACUUCGCCGCGUUUCCGCAACUCACCGAGCUCAACCUCAGCAGAAAUGGCCUCCACGGAGCCAUCCCUGCUAGCAUCUCUUUGCUGCAAGCGCUGGUGUAUCUUGACCUCAGUUUCAACAGCUUGGAAACGUUCAUACCACCAGAGCUCGGAAGCCUCUCUAACCUCGUCGAUCUCCGGCUCGACAACAACAACCUUACAGGUGCCGUACCCUACCAACUCAGCAAACUCCCCAAGAUUGCCCGCCUUGAGAUAUCUCACAACUACUUAGACAAACCAGAUUUCUCCCCAAUGCCCACCCUGCAGAUCUUUUCCAUGUACAGCAUGGGCGUCAAUGGCAGCUUUCCCCAGUUCAUCCUAGAGUGCCCCAACCUGACAUUCCUUGACGUGUCAUGGAACAAACUCUCUGGACCGAUCCUAGAGUUGAUUCCAAAGAUAGCUCCAAAUCUAACAUACCUCAAAGUGAGAUCGAACUGGUUCUCUGGCCCGAUACCGCCAGCAAUCGCAACACUGCGGCAGCUGGAACAACCUCAGCGGAACGAUACCACCAUGUAUCAGCGGUAUGGCGGCAUUGACACGCCUCGAACUCUGGAACAACCAACUGGAGGACUGACUGGCCCUGUACCCAAGGAUCUUGGCCAGGGGCAGCCACUUAUCAUUGUAGACCUGUCGAACAAUGGCUUCUCUGGAGAGUUACCUCCUGGACUAUGCAGCGGCCAUCAGUUACAAGAACUGGUGGUGAACAAUAACAGCUUCUCGGGCUUGCUUCCAGCAUGCCCAAACUUGACUUAUGCUUGGAUAGGUCAAAACAAUUACUCGGGUGACAACUCGAAUGAUCCCGAGUUCUGUCAGUUACUUCUUCUGGAGUUCCUGGACCUUUCAAGCAACCAGCUGCAUGGGGAGCUCCCCAGCUGCUUGACGAAACUUCAACUACUGUACUUUGUAGAUCUGUCGAGAAACGCCUUUUCUGGCGAAUUCCCAGCCUUAACAAGCCAUAACUGUUCACUGACAUCACUGCACUUGGCAAACAACGACUUCACUGGAGGCUUUCCUUCUUCCUUAAGCUACUGCAGUAAUUUAACAAUUCUAGAUCUUGGCAACAACAGACUCAAUGGGGAAGUUCCUUCAUGGGUAUCACACAAAAUGCCUUCCCUUAAGAUUCUCCAGCUCCGCUCGAACAUGUUGCAGGGAUGCAUACCCUGGCAGCUAUCGCAUCACUCUCGGCUGCAGCUGCUUGAUUUAGCCAACAACCAGCUGAGUGGCUCUAUACCAAGACAGUUUGCUAACUUCGCAUCGAUGAUACAGCAGAGCGACGGAUUCUACUUGGGAUCAACACACAUUUUGCUUACAUACUCAAAUCGAGCUCUGACCCCAUAUUCUGACAGAAUUGAUCUCAUUUGGAAGGGGAAGUAUUACACAUUCGAGAAAGCAAUUGCUCAUAUGACAGGCAUUGAUUUAUUGAGCAAUCUUCUGUCUGGUGAGAUACCUACAGAGUUGACAAACCUGAAGGGCCUCCAGUUGCUAAAUUUGUCAAGGAACAAUCUUUCUGGUGGCAUCCCAAAUGAUAUUGGUAAUCUGAAGGCUCUAGAGUCCCUGGACUUAUCCUGCAAUGAACUUUCAGGCCACAUACCCGAUAGCUUCUCCGGCUUGACGUUUCUCAGCUCUCUCAAUCUCUCCAACAACCAGCUGUCAGGUAUGAUACCCACAGGUGGCCAGCUUGGUACACUAAACGAUCCAUCAAUCUACAGCAAUAAUUCUGGGCUUUGUGGACUCCCUUUGAACAUAGCAUGCCUAAAUGGAAGUUCUGGAUCAGCAGAAAAUAAGGAUAGAGAUCCAGGACUUUACUACUCCAUACUUGUGGGGUUUGCUGUUGGAUUCUGGUUGUGGUUUGGAGCAAUAAUUUUCUCUGAUCCAUGGGGGGUUGCUGUUCUAAGCUGCAUUGAUCGUGUGCUGAACUGCUGAACAGGUUUGUGCAAAGGAUACAGAACCGCGGU